UACUUCCCGUCACUCGUAAAAGUACAGUGGCGGGACGUAAGUUUGUCCUGCUGUAGGAGGGAGCGACGGAGGAGUCGAAAUUGUCUGUCCUGCCGAUCCAAUUUUCGAAGUAGCCGAUGAGCUGACCGCAGUCGGCAGGGAUGGACGACGUGUGGGUCUCCGUGGCGGCGCUGGCAACGGCGGUGCUCCUCAGCGAGAUGGUCCGCCGCGCAACCGCUCGCUACCUCCGGGGAGCCGCCGCAACUCUUGCGCUGGAAGCGGCGUCCACCUUCCAGCUCUGCUGCUGCACACACGAGCUCAAGCUGCUGGCGAUCUCGGCGCUGCUGGAGCCAGCGUACGGCCUGAUGCUGGGCUACGCCGUCACGGUCGUCCACUUGCUCUCCUUCCGUGGAGCUUCGUGCAAUCCAUGCGGCGUCGUAGAGCGCGUUUGUCGGGGGACUUGCCGUGUAGGUGCGGCCUUGGUGUUCGUCGCCGGCCAAUUCGGCGCAGCGUUUGCGGCGCGCUACGCCGCCGCCUCCAUGUGGUCUCUGGGGCUGGCGGAGCACCACGUUCGCCACCGGCGCUUCGGGUUCAGGUGCUUCGACCCGCUCGGGGGAACCGUGCUGGAAGCCGCCGCCGUGGAGCUCGGUUGCGCUUUCGUUGUCCAGACGGCGGCCCUUCAUAUUCACAAGGUGGACGACAAACUACGCGUUCACGUCGUUGCCGCGAUCAUCACUGCGCUGGUGUACGCAGGUGGAAACAUUUCGGGAGCCGUGUUUAACCCCGUCCUGGCCUUCUCCAUCAACUUCCCCUGCAGUGGCCACACGUACCUGGAGUACUGCUUCAUUUACUGGCUGGGACCUGCCUUGGGGACCGCCAGCUGCAUUCUGUUCUUUGAGAAGAUCCUCCCAUUCCUCUCCGGGGCAAAGCCGACAGGCCAAGGUGUCAUCAGCGCUCAGAAGCACAAAUCGCACUAGUGAAAUGUUUGCACUUUGCCGUAAGACAUGUUUGAACAGCACAUUCAAAUACACAACCGUGUUUCGGUACUUGGGAGGAGCUGGCACAAAAUGGAGGACGACAAGCUCUGUUGUCAUUUUUGGAAAAUGCAGGUUGGCUUCCCCUUUUGCGAUGUAAUUUUCAUCUCACGAUUUUUUAAAAGAAAUUUAUUUAUGGGGCUGUGAAUGUAUAUUAUCAUGAUUUUCUGACGCCUGCACAUUUAGAAUAUUCCAGUUCAAAUGAUUAUUUGUAUUUAUUUAUUUUCUUCUCAUGUUUGAGAAUGCGUCGUAAAAUUCUCAUCAUGGUUAGUUGGGGGAGCCGACUUCAUCUUGUAAUACCGCUUUUGUCCUCAAGAGGUGCAAGUGAGCCAAAGUAGGGAAACAACUGAAAUCGAGAUUGAUUUGUGAUUUUGUGAAUGUUUUUUUUUCUCCUUGACAAAUAUUAGGAUUAUAAUCCAGUUUCAGUCGAAAGUGAUUUAUCAGACUGAUAAUUUACUGUUUUUUUCCCCCCUCUCACUUUCCCCACUCACUCAGGAACAAGAUUGUAAUCAUUUUUAUUUAAAAAGUUGUCUGAUGAUUCAUCAAAACAUGUCAUUAGCCACUUAAAGUCCGAAGUCUUCCAUUGUAGUAACGCGCUGCCCACCGGUGAAUUUCCAAAGCGGUUAAUUUGAGUUCUCUUUUUAUUUUUCACUGUACCAAAACUGUGACGGGUUUGUUCAGUUGGCUGCCCUCGUUUGUGUGCAAAGUGACUCGAUGACUAUGAAUGUUUGUCUCUGGAAAAUGCUGAAACAAUUCACAGAGUCUUAAUGUUAGCAUUGUGCUAAGUUGUAACAUUGGUUGCACACUGAAUGAUGGAUAAAAGUACAAAUCAUGACAAA